GCAAUUGUUUAGAAGCGUCAAACAAAUAGCCCAAGCCCAACAGCGAAAAUGUACAAAACCAAAAAGGAUAUUGAUGCCCAAGUGCGGACUGUUUUUGCCAAAAUAAAAUCGGAACAUGAGCGAAAUUUACGUGGUUACACCUUUGCAAAAUUCUACUUUAAAAUCAAUGAAUACGCAUCAGCGGAACAAUAUUUAUGCUCAUAUCUAUCCGUCAAAGAAGACAAUGAUCAAGCUCACAAGUUACUCGGUCAAUGCUACCAGCGUCAGAAAAAAACCGAAAAAGCUCUACAAUCAUUUCAACGAUCACUGCAAUUGAACCCGAAGCAACAUGAUGUCCUUAUCGAAGUGUGCCAACUGUUACUUGAGGAUAAAAAUCUUAAUUGUAACAAAGCCAAAUAUUGGUGCGAAUUGGCUGAAUCGGAAAAGGUGCAACAUGAUGCAGUAUUUUCAUUGCGUCUCAAACUCAUGAACAAAGACAACAUUGAGGCCAAUCAGGUUGAGGCUCUAUUGCAAAAAGAGAUUUCCAACAAACCCAAUGAUGUUCAUCUAAGAGUGCGAUUGGUGCGUUACUACGUGGAACAAAAUCAAAUAUUGGAUGCUUUUAAAUAUGUGCAUAAAUUGGAAAUGCGACAGAAGGAUGAGUUCGUCAAUAGCAGCGAAUGGUACAAUGUGGUUUGGUUGGUUCUCAACAAAUACGAACAAAUGCCGAACACGAAGAAAGAUUGGGAUUUCUGGUUACUGCUUGCCCUCUGUUUGGAACGUCAAGUACAGAUUUCCUUCCUUAUGACAUCCAAUUCAUCCUUGGUGGGUGGUGGUGUUACCGAAACGGCAAAUUUGCUAUUCCAGUUCGAUCAAUAUUUGUAUAAAAUUUCACAAAUUUCGGAUAAAUUGUGUGCCCAGAAAGAAUUGGUUGAAUUAUUUUUGAGUCAUUAUCGUGGACAAUUAUUGCUGCAUGCCAGCGCUUUGAUAUUCAAACGGGAAUUGUUACAGAAUAAAAACAAAUGGAAGGAGGCGGCUCGUGCAGCGUUGCCCUUGCUACUGCUGGCCUAUCAAGAAAAUGCUACUGACAAAAAGGAACCAUGGAUGAAGCACUGCGAUGAAGAUGCAAAUCAGUUGAUCGCUGUGUGGCAGCGGGAAGGAUCAUUCCGUUGCGCUCAAGUUGGUAGAACUUUGCUUUCAUGUAUUCAAGAUGAUGCCAACGCCAAUAAGGAAAACGCUCAUAACGUCAACAAUUUAAUGCGUAGUCAACCAUCUACACUGUGGAGCAGUGGUGACGAUUUAUUGGCUCAAGUUAGACAGAUUUGUUGUGAUCGCCAAUGGCGACGCAAUGUGUUUGCCCUGCUGUUCUGCAACAGCGACCAGAAAGUCAAGGAACAAUCAUCCCUAUUUGCCAAAAGUGAGAAAUUCAAUGAACCCAUUUACGAGCUGCCAACAUACGCUGAUCUCGAAACUUAUGAAGAAUCCGCCCAAUACCAUCGACCACAGUCACUUCAACAUAUGGUCUACUUGUGCUUGGGAAAUGAUAAUCUGGCCUAUGUGCGUGCCAAAUACUUCAGUGGACUUAAUUUCUCUACACAAAAUCUUCUGUUCUGUGGAGCCGAAUCACUAAAUCAAUUGGAUGUCGAGAGUUUCUUAUACGCUGCAACAAUACAGGCCAAGAGAGCUCUGGAAGUGGAUCGUGAGGCUUUCGAUAGCUAUCAAUCGGGUAACAGUUAUGCUGCUGGUAGGCCAAAAAUAUUACCCUUUGUCAAUUUGCAACAUCAACUAUGUUCGGAGGAACAAUGCCAAUGGUGGAACAGUGCAUAUUUGGUCUAUAAAAAUCUGAGUAAUGGCAGUAAUUUGGCUGAACUUCGAGCCAACCUACAGUAUGGCAUUGAAGCUGUACGUGGUAUUAAUGGGCCAAAAUUGGACAUGGCCAUUGUUUUCAAAUUGGGACAGAUAUUUGUUUCGAGAGCUCAAGACAUUGUGAAGCCUGUGGAGAAGGCUUUCCUUGAAGCAAGGGCUGAGUCAAUCUACAAACAUGGUCUUAACAUGAUGAAGAUGCACAAUAAAGCUGUGCUGGAGCCAUUCCGCAAGUACUUCAAAUAUGCCAAGGCCAAUACAUCAGCCGUUGAAAGAGAAGUAGCAUCAAUGGCGGAGGACGCUGUAUCGUAUCUUGCAACGCGCUACUUCAAGAAAUCGGAAUAUGAAGAUUUGAUUGAAGAGCUAUCAGGUAUCCAGCUUCCAUAUGCCACAUACUUGCAAGCCGAAGCCUAUCGAAAAUUGGACGAAGCCAGUAAGACACCCAAGAAAAGCAAGCGUUUGUAUUUGGAUCGCGCCUCGGAUUGUUUGAACCAAACAUUGGCUUUAUUAAAGAGCAGUGCUCAUGCCGACCCUAAUCAUCCACUGAACUCGGUCAUUCACGACGAAAUCAAGAGACUUCAGCAAUCCUCAAAUCGCUUCUUAAGUGAUUCUUCGACUAAUUUCAGUCCCAUUACUGGCCACAACAAUUCCAGUACUUAUGAAGAUGCCGAAGCAGAUUUCUAUGCCGAAAAUUCUAUUCUGCCUCCCGCAAGCAUCCUGAAUUCCAACCGUUCGAGACGUGACACCCUGCCCAGCAGUGCAAUGUUAUUGCAACAAAAUCAAGAACUAGAAAAUUUGGUUAAACAAAUGGCCUCGAACCUUACCCUACAGAAGGACGCCAUUGUUGACGCUCUUAAAACAGAACUUCGCGAAGUAACUAAGGAAAUUAAUGAGCUCAAGGAUAAAAUGGCAAAUUUGGAAGAUGCCAUCAAAAAAGUUCGUAUUUCGUCAAAUCCUCCCUCAAGAGACGACGCCUCCAAUGUAUUGGAUGACUUAUACAUUAUUGAGGAAACUCUGCAACAGCAAAUGUAUCCACAGCAACAACAGCAGCAGCAAACACAGCAACAUCAAACUAAUCAAUAUGGUCCUGGUCCGGUGAGUGGAGCUCCCGGCAAUAUGCUAGCAAAUUCUCCAUUUAUGACUCAGCAACAACGGCUACAGGCUGCCGCAUACAACAGUCCCAUGUUUCCUCCUACACCAAACUAUCCUCUCAAUUUCUAUGGUCAUGCUCCUCCAUAUAUGAUGGCUCCUCAGAGCGGUGGACCGCAGAGUUUGGGUGCCGGAAGAAAUGCUGGUCUGCCUGGUAUGCCGCCCUAUUUAGACCCAACAGUGCAACCGGGUGGUAUGAACUUCAAUAUGCCACCACAGUCGACACCACUACUGCCACCGCCAAAUCAACCACCAAAUAUGACAGGUGCUACCGAUCCUUCCAGGCAAAGUAACUUGUACAAUCUUCUGCAACAACCUCCCGUUGCAAUGACACCAACAUCUAUUGCUACCUCCGGAAUGCAACCUACUUCAUUCUCCACUCCAUUAAGCCACAACAUGGGUAUACCUCCGCCAUCUGGAAGUGCAUUGGGUCCGCCACAACAACCUACCACAGCACCCAUAUCCUUUAAUAAAGCUCUGAACAGCCAACCAGUCGAGAAAGGACCUCCAGCUAAUGUAGUUAUAACAAGCUCGGAUCCACUACCAAAUCCCAAUAGUAUUUCUAUGCAGACUCAACAACAAGCACCACUUAGCGUCACCAUACCAUCACAUCAUAUCAAACCAAGCCUAGUUAGCCAGCCAACGGAACCAUUCUCGGCACAAAUUGCCAUUCCCGUGAACAAGUCAACGCCAACUACUUCAGCUGUUGUGGCCCCAACAACCACAGCAACAGCUACAAACAUAUUUGGAUCGUCCACAGCGAUUACUUCAUCGACAUUCAGUUUUAAACCGCACAUUGCCGCUGCCACUGCAGCUCAAGUGAACACCGCAUCCUCCGACGCCAAUACCACAUUGAAUAAGACUACGGAAAGUGUUGGCAGUGACUUCAAUAAGUCCGGUGCCGAAGACGCAGAAUAUGACCCACGUCCAGAUUUCAAACCAAUUAUACCAUUGCCAGACGAGAUAGAAGUGCGAACAGGCGAAGAAGAAGAGGAGGUGAUGUUCUGCAAUAGGGCCAAACUAUUCCGUCACGUCGAAAAGGAAUGGAAGGAACGUGGAAUUGGCGACAUUAAGAUUCUCAAGAAUAAGGAUGGCUCCUCACGCAUCCUUAUGCGACGUGAUCAAACUCACAAGAUAUGUGCAAAUCACAAGAUUACUCCGGAGCUAAUAUUGACAGUUCCUAAUAAGGAAACCAAGGGCUUCAUAUGGGCAGCUAAUGAUUUUGCCGAUGAGGAGCUGCGACUAGAGAAAUUCUUUGUUCGCUUCAAGGUACCCGAAAUUGCCAAAGAAUUCCAAGAAGCUUUUAAAAAGGCCCAGAAGGAAGCAGAAUCAUUGACUUCCACAAAGGCUGAGGACGUUAAGACCAAAACAGCUGAACCGGCAGUUAAGCCAGCAGCGCCAUUCUCAUUGGCUAAAUCAUCAACAACGAACUUUGCCACCAGCACCCCAUCUCAACCUAAGCCAAUAUUCGGUCAGCCUCCUACAGCAACUGUGCCGGCUGCAACAACUGCUGCCUCCAGUACCCCUUCGACGACUCCAGCUUCCAAAUCGUUAUUCAGCGGUUUGAAUUUGUCUACCAAAACCACCAGCACCACUGAUUCGACUACUAAAACAUCUACCACCACCGCAUCUCCAUUUGCCAGCUUUUCCUUUGGAAAUUCCACAGCAUCCAACACUGGCAGCACCAGUAAUACAACUGCUACCGCCCCGACCACAACUGCUGCAACAGCCUCACCAUUUGCUAGUAUCUUCUCCAAUCUUAAUAAAUCGACUACAUCGCCAUUUAGUGCAAGUCCAGCUGUUCCCUCCGCUGUCACAGCAUCGCCUAGUGUAGGUGCAAAUGAUUCCGCCAAUGCUACAGCUUUGAACAAAUCGACAGCGUCCGAUGGCGAAGAUGAAUAUGUGCCAACUGCUCAGUUCAAACCAGUCAUACCUCUGCCCGAGUUAGUUGAAGUCACUACCGGAGAAGAAAAUGAGACAGUUCUCUUCGAGCACCGAGCUAAACUAUUACGCUUCGACAAGGAGGCCGGCGAAUGGAAGGAGAGAGGAUUGGGCAAUAUCAAAUUGCUGCAAGACAAGGACGACAGUAACAAAGUUCGUUUGGUUAUGCGACGUGAGCAAAUCCAUAAGUUGUGUUGCAACCAAAGGAUCUACAAAGAUACCCACUUCAAGUAUGCCAAGAAUUCUCAGACAGCCGUGUCAUGGGCUGGUCAGGACUACUCUGAAAAUGAACUGGUCACAGAAAUGUUGACUGUGCGCUUUAAACUUCCGGAAACGUGCAAGCAAUUCCUCGAUGCAAUAGAAAAGGUUCAAGCCCAAAUGUCGGGAGAUAGUGUGGAGGCCAACAAGGACAAUAAGACGACCGAUACAAAACCAGCUACAAAGGGCUUCGGUGAUGCCUUCAAGCCGAAAGCAGGCUCAUGGUCAUGUAAAGACUGUUAUACUUCGAAUACGGCAGAAACAUUGUAUUGUGUGGCUUGUGAUUGUCCCAAGGAUGAUACUGUGCCCAAGAAGGAAGUGAAAUCCAAUGUGUUGGCCACUAGUGGUAAAACUACGUUCAGUUUUGGAUUUGGUGCAGCUACUGCACCAGCACAGCCAGCAACUACAGCUGCAGUGCCAACUACAACUAAAUCAUCAUUUACAUUUGGCAUGCCAACACCAACUGCCACCAGUGCCGCUUCGAAACCGGCAACUGAGACUAAACCUGCUGCUGUCCCUAAGGAACCAACAUCAGGAUUUGGUGAUGCCUUCAAGCCCAAGGCAGGAUCAUGGACAUGCCAAGGUUGUUACCUCUCCAAUACCGGCGAUGCCAUCUAUUGUAAAGCUUGUGACGCCCCCAAAGAUGAUACUGUUCCCAAGAAAGACACCACCGCCAACACAAAUAGUGUCUUGAAUUUGUCGAAUCCAUCGGCGAAGUUUAGUUUUGGUUUUAAUUCUCCAGCUGCUGCGACGGCAACACCUAAAACAGAUACUACUACUGCCAAUAAACCUGCUGGCGGUGGCUUUAGUUUCGGCGCUGCUCCCGUUACUGCAGCCGAUAGCAAACAAGCUUCCUUGUUUUCAUUUGCUCCACCUACAGCUACCUCAACCGGGCUUGGCGGAAUAGGAGCCAAUACAGCUGUUUCUACAACUGAGCAACCUGGAAGUGCUCCACUUGGCAAGGCAACAUUCAGUUUCAGUCUGUCAUCGAAUUCAAUUCCAUCGACAGCGACCACAGCUGAUUCGGGAGCAAAUACCUUUUCACUGGACAAAAAAGAAUUCAGCUUUACAUUCAAACCUAAAAGUCCAGGCAAAGCAGGAAAGAGCCCACUGAAACUGGGAGGUGGUGAUGCCGAUGAUGGUGACGAUGGCGAUGGUGAAUACCAUGAAGAGGAGGAGAACAACACAUACUUUACACCAGUUAUACCAUUGCCCGAUAAGGUUGAAGUAAAAACCGGCGAAGAGGACGAAGACUUGUUGUAUGUGCAUCGGGCAAAGUUGUACCGUUUUACCGAGGGUGAAUGGAAGGAAAGAGGCCUGGGCAAUGUGAAAAUCUUACGCCAUAAGCAAACGAAGAAAUUGCGUGUAGUUAUGAGACGUGAACAGGUCCUGAAGAUAUGCCUCAACCAUAUACUCAACGAAGAUGUCGAUUACAAACGCAAGGACGAAAAGUCCUGGCUAUUUGUUGUCAACGAUUUCAGCGAGGGCGCUGUUGAAUUGGAACAAUUCUCUUUGCGCUUUAAAACCAAGGAAAUAGCCGAAGGAUUUAUGACUGCAGUUAAGAAUGCAUUAGACGGUACCGCUGAAGUCAUUGAGGCACCCGCCAACACUUCAAUUACAACACCCACAAAUACAAGUGCUCCCGCCAGUGCAUUAAAUAUUUCCGAAGAAGACAAAAAGACAGCAGACAAAUUGAAAUUGCCAUACGAGUUCUUUACGGCCAAACCAACAUGCACAGGAUGCCGUGGCUGCGAUCCAGACAAAUUUGUGUUUGCCGAAAUUAAGUCUAGCGAGCAGUUUGUCAGCCCAGACGAUACCAAAAAUCCCCUUGAGCCAAUGGAAUUACCGGAAUUGUCGCUACUGAACAAAUCGUCCAACCGCACGAUCCUGAAACAAAGCGCAUUAUCACCACUUUCUGCGAAAACUGAGACAACAAAAAUAAAUGAGAGUAUAUUUAGCGGUUUUGGAGGAGCGAAUUCCACGGCGUUUGGCGCUCCUGCUACCGGCGAUAAACCUUCUAAUGCCACAUUUUCAUUUGCCGCUGCACUAAAUAGUACAACUAAACCUGCAGAUGAAACUAAGAACGUGGGCGGCACACCCACCGCCGGGUCUGGAGGAUUCCUAUUUGGCAGUGGAUCGGCUUUGGGAGGUGGUUCAGCGACAGCAACUAGCGGUUCAAUAUUCGGCGGUGCUUCACAGGAAACUAAGUCGCCAUUUGCUGUUAAAACUAAUUUAUUUGGUGGAUCUGCUACGGUCGGUAACUCUACUCCUGCGGAUUCCACAUCUACAGAAAAGACUGCAACAAAGCCUUCCAUAUUUGGUGGUUCUGCCACUACAGGAACAUCGUCCGGCUCUAUAUUUGGUGGCAAACCUGUUUUUGGAUCUGGAUCGCCUGCUUUCAAUACCUCCGGCAAUGCAGCAGAUACCACUAAAUCUAUAUUUGGUACGACCACCAAUAAUAGCACUCAAAGUGUGGGAAGUGGCACUUCGAUAUUUGGUACUUCGGCCACCACAAACAGUAGUGGAUUUGGCGGAUUUGGGUCUACACAAGGCUCAAUAUUUGGAUCGAACACACCAACAUUUGGAAGUAUCGCCAAAGAUGCUGGAUCUAAGCUAACGUCUACUGCAUCAACAGGAACAGCAUUUGCAGACUUAUCUAAGACAUCCACAGCCGCUAUAGACUUUGCCAGUCUUGCGGCAAAGGCUGACAGUCAGCCGUUGUUGGGAAAACCUUCUGAAAAACCUGGCCCUGGUGGCUUCAUAGGUUUGACAAAUCAAGAUGCUUUCUCUAGUUUCAGUAAACCCCUCAAAGAUGCCGACACCUCCGCAAGCAAAUCCAAAGCAAACGAGUCGCAGAAAAGCAUAGAUGGCGGUGCUGCUGAUGAUGCCGCCGGCGAAAAUGAUGAGAAUUACGACCCUCAUUAUGACCCCAUUAUUGAGUUGCCAAAUGAAAUUGUCGUAACAACUGGCGAAGAAGAAGAAACCAAAAUCUUUGGAGAACGAGCUACACUUUACAGAUACGAUGCCACAAACAAGGAAUGGAAGGAGCGAGGUGUUGGCGAAUUAAAACUCUUAAUGCACCCAAUUAAACAAUCCUAUCGUUUGGUAAUGCGCCGCGAGCAAAUUCAUAAGUUAGUACUCAAUCACGCUGUCACCGGAGAUUUCCACUUUUCGAACAUGAAUAACAAUCCCAAGAGUUUUGUGUGGGCUACCAUGAAUUAUGCCGAAUCGUCGGAGGGAGAAUUGGAAAAACUGGCAGUGCGCUUCAAGAAAGUUGAAUUGGCCGAGAGUUUCAGCGCCAAAUUGAAGGAAUGCAUAGAUAAGUGUAAACAACGUGAAGGUGGUAAUUAA